AUGACCUUCGCCGCCUACCAACUGCAGAAGAAAUACCAGGAGAUGCGGACUCAUAUCUUCUCUACCUUCGUGAAUCUGACGAAAGCCUUCGACGCGCCACCGCUCAACGUCCUCAAUAUGCCCACGGUGUCAGCGAAUGUCCCAGGCACCAGUCGGUCUUGUACGGCACCUUCGGACCCAAUGUGCCAACAACCCGACAUCAUUUACUUUUUCUCCACAAAUCCCGCGUCGGCCGACACCCCUGUCACCGCCGAUCACACUGUCUUUGCUCCUCCGCCGUCAACCAUUAACAUCAUCCGACCUGCCCCAACCCCUGCGUACACCACGACCAGCACCAGCAGCUGCAGCAGCAGCAACACAACGACAUCACACACUCCCUCCAACAAAGGGGCGACGUCCGACGUCCCGCCACCUUCUACCAUCACCACCAGCACUCUCAUUCACCGAUGUGGACUCGGCUCAGCCCUGUCCUCCUUGCGUUUUUACCUUCGCCUUACACAUCAGCCUGGUCGGUCACUUGCGUAUCCAUUGCACAGAGGUUGGCGAACCGGCGCCUGGAGCACCAACCUACACUCGCCUCAUCAACCUCGACUGACCUCACUGGCCCAGCACAUUCACCCACUAAAUGGGUAA